AUGGCUGGAUACAGCCAGGAGCGUGGAGACUUCUACUCGCCUUGUUUUUCCACCAGUCCCAAUGAAAUGGAUUUUUCGGGUCCGCCGUCUCUUCACAUGGAUUUGUGUAUGGACCCUAUGCAACAGGAGGACUUCCAGCAGCCCUGUGUUAAAGAAGAAGCUAUCACCCCAGACGCUACUGACAGUAGAUCUGUGCCAACCACGCAGCCCAAAAUGAUGGGUAGCCAGCCACAAGCCACGGUCACAGCAGUGUGCCAACGCCGGAAGAGGACGGUCUACAAUCAGGCCCAACUGGAUUCUCUAGAGAGAUACUUUAGGAUCAACAUGUACCCUGAUAUCCACCACCGGGAACAGCUGGCCAAACAAAUGUCCCUGCCAGAGUCCAGGAUCCAGGUCUGGUUCCAGAACAGGAGAGCUAAGGCCAGGCGAAAGGGAGUCAAGACGAGCAACCCCCUCGCUUUGGAGGAGCGCUACUCUAGCAUGCUGGGGGACAAGUACUGGGAUACCCCAGCAGCCUCUUCCCAUGUGUCUAUGGCACAGCCGCAACAGAUGGCCACAACCCAGCAGCAGAUGCCACCAUUGAGGAACAUGCACCAGAACAUGGUCCAGGCUCCAGAAUACCGGGGAUACCCUCAGUACUCCUGUUCAGUAGCCAGGGACAGGCUAAUGAUGGAGCAAUCAUCUCCCAGACUUUAUCCCCAGAAUGUGCCAUCUAACCUCCACAUGGGGAACCAACAACCCCUCUACAAUAACGCCACCUCGGUGAUGGCCUUCAGUGGUCAUGUUAUGGACCCUGGCAGAGGGCACAUCCAAGUGCCCAUGCAGAACAACUGUACCAUGGACUAUCCCACGUUCCCGGCCAACAAUGCCAUGGCUGCUGAGAGUCUGAGCAGCCGACCGAUCCCUGCCAGUUCCUGCACCAGAGCCAAUGCCCCGAUGUUGCCAGGGAUUCAGCAGGACUACAGCAAGCAAAGCUCUCCCAUCUCAGAUUCCGGCGUCAGCGACAGAUCCACCGAGUACGGAUCAGACUGGGAUAACGAUUUCACGUCUGUCCUGGGGGGUCUGUGAGAGGAGCGGAUUGAUGACCCACCUAUGUCCGUAUUAUAAUGAACUCAAUGCUGUUAAUGUAUAUAUAUCUGACAAGCACGCAGCACUUUAUCUGCAAUUUAAUUCUUCUUUCUUUAUACC